GGACGGUGAGGCUUCAAAACUCGAUUGUCUGAGCGGUCAUUGUCCGUAGCCAUCUUGGCUCAAGGGGGGUCGCUUGUUGGGCUGCCCCCCGCUUCGUGAAGAGCAUGUACGCGAAUCCAAUACUACACAGUGUGUGGUCCACGAUAAGGUGACGGUAUGCGGCCGAUCUGUCUCGCCGCCGCCGUGGGGUACGCCAUCUUGCGCGGGGUGACCGCCCUCGGCCUCAGCCUCUCCCAGGAAAGCAGAACAGGCGGCGCGGGGGCGUCGGCAGCGAUAUUCGCCCAGGUGGCAAACACGUCCGUGUGGCCAGAACUCCGGGGCUGCAUACGUAACGUCGCUGAGGCUGCGAGGCACCAUCCGGGGCUCUCCAAGCUCGACCUCCACGUGGCGCUGACGCGUGCAGACGCGGCAUUGGAAGACGAGGUGAGGCGGAUGCGCACGGAGAUUCCAGGCCUCUCUGAUGCCUUCGCCAGCGUCGUGCAGAACCGGGGGGCAGACAUCGGCGAGUUCAUGCAGCAGGUGCAGUACGUACACCAGCACAGCAGCAAUUUCAGCUACGACCUGGUGCUCAAGAUCCACAGCAAGUCCUCCAGAGGCAACUGGCGCAGGCGGAUGCUCAGCACUCUGUGCGGCGGCCCCGGCCAGGUGAGGACCAUCCUCGGCAUGUUCGGGGAGAGGCCGCGCCUUGGCCUCGUCGGGCCCUACAAGCUGGUCUGGACGUAUGACACCCCCAACGAAGACGUGUUCGGGUCGCUCGGCGACUACGGCUUCCGCGUUGGUGACACGGAGAGGAAGAUGGCGAACACGUGGGAAAUCAUCUACCCCGGCGAGCACUCCUUUCCCCCGCGCGAUCGCUACCUGAUCAGCGGAGGGUCGAUGUUCUGGGUGCGCCCAGGGCCGCUGCUGUCGGACGAGUUCCAGAGCGCGAUCCCGAAAUUCCUCAGCGUGUGGGACGAGGGGUACAACCGUAGCUGCACAACGGCGGCGUGCGAUCACAUGUUCGCCUUGGAGCGGGUGAUCCCGACCAUCUAUUACGGAAGGUACCGGCUGGACUAUGCGCAGGCACCAAAAUAUCAGAACAAGUAGUGUCAGAGACGUUCGCAAUUCGCUUGGCCGUGUGAUAGAGACCGACGUUACUACGAGUUUGGGCAGAUUCGGACGCGUAGCCGACGAUGGCCCAAGGCGAAUAUUAUAGGCAGACGAUCGUCAAAGUUGGCCUCCACCUUCCGCACGUGGGUGGGUUAGCCAAUUUGUGUCUCACUGGAGAGCUUGACAUGCACAUGUGUCCACGUCGGAAAAGUAUCGCCU